GGCUAUUGUGACUUUGUUUCAGACAGAAAGGUGGUCUUCUUUUUGAUGUUAUUGUGUUGGACGCUAAUGUGUGUGGGAGGCAAUAUCGACAGGCUGAUCGGAUGGGACCCAUGCAUCCUUUUUUUGUGAUCUAUCUUGAUAAACAUAACCUUAACAAAUCUGUUAUGGAUAUUUCAAAGAGUUUUGCUAAAUUUUGUGGUCUGUUGGGAAAAAUAUCUGAAGUGGUGCUCAAAGAUCAAAAGGGAAGAACAUGGCCAUUGAAACUAAAACGGAGAUUUGAUGGUGGAGUUGACAUAGGACCUGGCUGGCUUGAGUUCUCAGCUGCAAAUCUCUUGAAGGAAGAAGACAUCUGCAUUUUUAGGCUCAUUAGCUCGGGAAAGAUACCCGAUGGUGCUAUGGUAUUUGAUGUUACUGUGUUGGAUUCUGAUGUGAAUGAUGAUCAGCCCAGAAAUCCUUGUUUUUCAAUUUCUAUCAGGCAGUCUUUCCUAGAUCAGUCUUGUUUGUAUGUUCCUGAGAACUUUGCGAAGUCCAAUGAUCUUAAGGAAAGCUGUGAGAUGACUCUCAGAGAUCGAAAGGGAAUAUCAUGGCAGAUGAAUCUGAAGCACAGGAAUAGCAGUGGCAGGUUUUGUAUAUGUGGUUCUUGGCUUAAAAUCUCAGUUGAAAAUGGCUUCAAGGUAGGAGAUAUCUGCACCUUUGAACUUGUUCAGAUGGGAAAGAUGCUGGAAUUUCAUUUGCUCUGAAUCCUGGAGACUUCAAAGAAUCCUAUCACUAAAAAUACUACUCAAGUUAAUAGUAGGUA